AAUUUAGUGUCAACUCUUCAACUCUUGAAGAAGAAAAUCCGCACGGUCGGAAACUGCACGACACAGGAGCAAGAGUUAAUACAUGAUGUGGACAACACGUACAUCGGAAGAGCAGCAACAAAAAAUGGCGUAUUCGUCUUACGCUUCAAGGCUGCAAAAUCUUCCGAAGAUGUCACUCUCCCUCAAGCUCCUUCAAUCAUUGCAGCAGCCGCUUUGGUAACCGUUCCACCGAUUGAACUCAGCCGCAGCGAAGAAGAAACUCCUAGUAGCAGCCCCACCGACACACCUGCCGUUAAUAUCAAGAAAGAUAUUAGUCACGAAUACGAAGAAAUUCUGCAACUCGCACCUGAAAAUCUCUUCGACGCGACAACUACUCUCGACAAGCCUUCAGAUACGUCUUCAACUACCAGUAUCUCAGAAAAAGGUUAUGCACUCUCAAGGUUUCUCCUACCUUCAUAUUUCAUGCUCUUGAUUCUUGCUUGGCUGGCCAUAGCAGCAAGCGAGCUCCGUACCCCGCUGCAAACUUUCCUACACUACAGAGAAGCCGCUUACCAGACUACGACUUCCACCGUCUACGAGCAAGGCACGGGCCUCAACUGCUACCAAACCCCUCGUCAUCGCGUUCAACAAUGCAAUGAAGCAGAAGGGUUGAACAGUACCCUACACGAGCUACGUGAGCAGCUGCGUGCACUGCUGACUCAACAAAUUUCUCUGCCCGUCACUUCACGAUUCUCUGUCAAGCCUCCGGAUGUUGUCGAGGCUCCUCUCCACUACGUGCAACACUCUCGUGGUUUUGCAUUCGUCCCCUUUGGCCUUGCCACGUUCAUUGGCGCAACCCCAACCACUUUCAACCCGACUCAUUUUUACUCUGCCGAAGUGAGGGGGGGAAGGAGGAUCUACACGCACUUCGUCAAAGCCAAAAUUCGUCAUCAACAAGGGAAGCACGCGAUUGGUCUACCAUUUGACCAAUGGAAUGACCGCCGACUACUUACAGCACAUGAAGUUUACACGUCAGAAGAUUCCAAAUUGCAGAUUUCAUUCGCCGGACUCCAACCACGACGUGACUACAUCGAACUUCCAGGAAUGAAGGGGAGUGUUGUGGUAAAUGAAGUUUCGCAUUCCUGCAAGUUCCGUUUUCAGUGUAGUUAGCAGUAUCGAGUUUCUCAGUAAGUAAACAGGUCCGAGUGCUGAUGUCAGCAAAGCAUCGUGGGUCUCGGCAUGACGUCAGCAUACUGCUUCAGUUACGCGAUUAGGCGUAACGAACCGUUUCAGUCACGCGAACAGUCGCGGCCCUAUAGUAUGACGAAUAGGUCGCAUAGCGCGAUGGUGACAAACAGGUACAUUAGCGAACAGGUUCACUCUGAUAAGACUUCCGCUGUCUUACUAGUCUACCAUUCCAGCAAAGAUCCUUGGUUAAGUACUCGUGUUUGUAGAUUCUAUACUUAGUCUACUACAACACCAGAUGUUUUAUUUCAUGGUAUGAGAGCUAUCUGGAAUUAAGACUACCGUCAACUAUGACUGGUUCAUCACCAGCACCAUCUGCUGGAUCAGUUACUGGGACUACUGGAGCACAUGUCUCCACUACUGCCACUGGUCUCUCAGCCUCUGGGCCAUUACCACCAGCCUACGCUAAUAUCGGUAUGCAACAGCAGAAUCCACCUUCUGUCAAUACUCCAGGUGCUCCAUCGACUGCACCUGCAGCGCAACAGCAACAAUCACAGACAUCAGCACAUCAACAAGCGUCGGUACAGCCACCACAGCCGCAGUCGCAGCAGUUUCAGCAUCCUUUCUAUAUCUUCGGUCGUUCCCCUGCUCAGCAACAACAACAGCAGUAUCAGCAACCACAGCCAGUACAGCAACAGCAACAGCAACAAUAGCAGCAACAACAACAACAACAACAACAGCAACAGCAACAGCAACAACAGCAACAGCACGGCAUUGUUUUUCAGCCUCCAAAUUUACUUAACAAUACUCAGAUCAAGACAACUUGGAGCAGCAGAGUUUCUUGCACGCCUCUCUCGGGGCAUAUACAGUUCUUGUACGGAACCUGUCGCCGAAGGAGCAGCUCGGCGUCCGAUCUUUUCACUCAAGUUUUACACCAGCCGAAACUGCAUGGAAUCAUCGAAAGGGGUAUACAUGGCAAAGGAUACGAUAACAGUGAGUAAAAUACUUUCGCAGCUGACAAGUGUGCAGAUGAUGACAAACGAAAAUGUCAUGGACUACGUUAACCGUGUCCGUACACUACGCGAUCAACUGGAGAAAAGUGGAGGAUACUUCCCUCGUGAGAUGUAUCUCACGGUCCUUCUUGCUGGCCUUGGACCCGAAUGGCGACAGAUGCGCGCCUUCCUGCGUAUGAACCCAAACCUCUCCGAAGCUGAAAUUUCGUCGUAUCUUCAAGCAGAACAGCAAGAUCUUGACCUGCAGUUACAACGCAACAAAAAGAGGGAUAUACAACUCAGUUUCUAUUCAACACCAACUCGACGUCCUCGACACUUCUGUCAAAUUUGCAACAAGGGAGGACAUUCUACCGACCGAUGCUAUUUUAACAAGAAGUAUUUACCUCAUGAAGAAUCGCAGAGGACGCAAUCAUCACAGCAACUACGACAGCCUUCGAAGCAGUUUUUGCAGAAUCCUACGCCUCCAAAAUCAGCAUCUGCAAUAUCAACACCACCAACGACACUCAGUUCUGCCCCUCCAAGCAACUCAUCAAAGCCGACAGCCACUACUUCAAACUCUGCCACUAAUACGGUAACUUCAAAUUUUCGUUUACCUACUUCAUCCACUCACAUGGUCAAUUGCAGUACAGAUACUGAUACUUGGUACUUGGAUAGUUGUUGUGGCCAUCAUAUGGUCUCUUCAACCAAUCCUUUCAUCUACAACCGUCGUCGACUUCUUCAACCCUGCCCAAUCACACUCGCCAACGGUCAAACAAUUUCAGCAGAAAAUAUCGGCAGUCUACUUUUGACAUCAAUCGAUACGGGAAAGUCUUUAUGCCUUACCAGCGUUUUACUCGUCGACAAUCUUGGCUUCAAUUUAGUGUCAACUCUUCAACUCUUGAAGAAGAAAAUCCGCACGGUCGGAAACUGCACGACACAGGAGCAAGAGUUAAUACAUGAUGUGGACAACACGUACAUCGGAAGAGCAGCAACAAAAAAUGGCGUAUUCGUCUUACGCUUCAAGGCUGCAAAAUCUUCCGAAGAUGUCACUCUCCCUCAAGCUCCUUCAAUCAUUGCAGCAGCCGCUUUGGUAACCGUUCCACCGAUUGAACUCAGCCGCAGCGAAGAAGAAACUCCUAGUAGCAGCCCCACCGACACACCUGCCGUUAAUAUCAAGAAAGAUAUUAGUCACGAAUACGAAGAAAUUCUGCAACUCGCACCUGAAAAUCUCUUCGACGCGACAACUACUCCCG